CUAGACCCUUAUGGUGGAAAAUUUUUCUGCCUAUGGAUGAGGUCUUGUUGGCUCAGAUGGCAGAGCGCUGGAGUAUCGAUCCAGAUGCCGUGAGUUCAAGUCUCACCCAAGACAGUAAUAUUUCCACUUUUAAAUUUAUUCUAAUAUUUUUCUUGUUUACUUUGAUACACUUGGCUUUGAUACACACCAAAGCCAAAGUUAGUUAAUAAUUAUUUACGAUACAAGUGCAGAAACUGAAACCGAAGGGACUGUUUUAAAUCGACACGAGUUGUGAAUUACCUUAUCGUACAACGUUUUACACUACAUAUAGCUCUAAAGUUUCGACAUAUGCACGGAAAGUGCUCAUUCCCGCACGCGUCCGUGAAAGUAGCACCAUAUGUUCUGUAAAAUUAUUAUCAACAUGAGUAACACAAUCUUUGUCAACGUAUUUUUGGGCCGCCUUGUAUACAUGGUCACGACUCCAUUGAUUUCUCUGCGCCUCUAAUCCGCUAUACCUUGAGAGUUCUUUUCUUAUCUAAUCACCUGUAAUUUUUUAACCCCUACCUCUACACUCCUACAUACCCUAUGGACCUUCAGACAGUGUAAUAAGAUCUAUUUUAUCGUGGCAAAUGUAACAUGUCAGUCUUCACACUCCUACAGUCGCCAUCAGAUAUAUCGGAGCGGGCAAGUUGCUCACAAAUAUCUGAACACGCUUCUAUUGUCAAGGCGCUAGAGUGCGUGUUUAGAUAUUUUUGAGUACCUCGCCGCUACGAUAUAUCUGAUGGCGACUGUACAUACCUUAUCGAGAAACUUUAGACAUUGCAAUAAGAAUUAUUUUAGCGUGACAAAUAACAUGUUUUGUAAGGGAAGAGCUUUGUAUAAAAGCUUGGAAGAUGGUGACAUUAGCACAUUCGUUGUGACAUCUGUGUUCUGGGACACUUCAGCUAACAUGAAGACUAUUAUUGCAACAGCUGUUCUGGUGGCCAUCACCUUGGCUGAACCCCCUCCGUCUAAUAGCUAUCUCCCUCCCGCUGCAGGCCGAAGUGGCGGCUACCCUAGUGGUGGUCCUCAGGGUUCCGGCGUCAUAGCGGCCAGGAGCGGCCUGGACCAUGGUUUAGACCAUCACGACCAUGGGCAUGCGGCGCAGGGCAAUGGAUUUGCUAGGAGUGGACUUAAUGGUCUCAGUGGUGGUCACGGCUCCCACGGCCACGGACAACAGGCCAGGUUCGGCCAGGAACAACAAGGGUAUGACCACAAUGCUGCCGCUUUUGGAAGGAACGCCCUUGAAGAGAGCGCGGAGCCGGCCAACUACAACUUCGGGUAUAUGGUGAAUGAUUUCGAGGAGGGCACGGAUUUCGGGCACCACGAGGAGAGGCAGGACGAGAGGGCUGAGGGGGAGUACCAUGUUGUGCUGCCUGAUGGCAGGAAACAGACUGUAAGCUAUGAAGCCGAUGAGCGUGGCUUUAAACCCCACAUUUCGUACGAAGACACCGACGCGUCCGCUCGCUCCGGUGGUUACGACUCGAAUGCCAACAACGCGCGCAGCGGCCAUGACAGUUUCGGCAAUGGCGGCCAUGGUAACCAUGGCAACGCCCGCUCCAACGGCUACUGACUCAAUUCAAGCCUUAUUGUUAUAACAUUAGGUCUCAUUUUGCUUUGUAAAAUGGCUUAGUUUGAAUUUAUAUAUAAGUGCAAAUGUGAAAAUACAAAAAUAUUAUUCUAUUUGAUUUAUUGUAUUGGUGGCACGAGCUAGCUGUUUUUGUGAAUAGGUAAAUAUAAUGUUAUUUUUUCACUAAA